AUGUUACGGUUUCAGAGAUUUGCGUCGACGUAUAAUCAGCGUGCGGUGUUGCGUAAGUACCCUGUCGGAGGGAUUAUACAUGGGUUUCAAGUUCGGAGAGCGGUACCAGUACCUGAGUUGAAACUUACUGCGGUGGAUUUGAUACAUGAACAGACUGGUGCUGAGCAUCUACAUAUCGACAGAGAUGAUAAGAACAAUGUGUUCAGCAUUGCGUUCAGGACUUUGCCACCUGAUGCUACAGGUGUCCCGCAUAUAUUGGAGCAUACUACGCUAUGUGGUUCCGAGAAGUAUCCAGUGCGUGAUCCUUUCUUUAAGAUGCUAAAUAAGUCGCUAGCAAACUUUAUGAAUGCCAUGACUGGGCCUGACUAUACAUUCUUUCCCUUCGCUACUACCAACGCACGUGACUUUGUGAACUUAAGAGAUGUAUACCUUAACUCGACGCUUAGACCGCUUUUGAAGGAGCAGGAUUUCUACCAAGAAGGUUGGAGACUUGAGCAUUCGGAAGUCACCAAUCCAAAAAGUGAUAUAAUCUUCAAAGGUGUGGUUUUCAAUGAGAUGAAGGGUCAAGUAUCUAAUGCUGAUUAUCAUUUCUGGUCACAGUUCCAACAAAAUAUCUACCCAUCGCUAAAUAACUCUGGAGGCGAUCCCCAAAAGAUUACAGAUCUUCACUAUCAGGACUUAGUUGACUUUCAUCACGCAAAUUAUCACCCUUCAAAUGCACGUACUUUUACUUAUGGUUCGUUCCCUCUUGAAGACACUUUGAAAAAGGUAAACGAAGAAUUCAGGGCAUAUGGCAAACGAAUUAUUAAUAAGAAGCUUCCUAAACCUUUGGAAUUAAUUGAGACAAAGGAGUUAACGCUUGAAGGACAGAUAGACCCAAUGUUACCAGCCGAAAAGCAGACGAAGACAUCCUUAACCUGGAAAUGUGGUGAGCCUACUGAUCUUUACGAGACAUUUCUACUGAAAAUAUUAGGUAAUCUAUUACUGGAUGGACAUGAUUCCAUAAUGUAUAAGGGAUUGAUUGAAUCUGGACUAGGACAUGACUUUAGUGUUAACACUGGUGUCGAAUCAAUGACUGCUGCAAACUUCCUAACUGUUGGUAUUCAAGGCUCUCAGAAUGUAGAAGAGUUUAAGUCUAAAGUUUUUGAUCUGUUUAAAGAAUUUAUUGAAAAUGAUGUUGACUCGAAUAAAGUUGAUGCUAUUAUACAUCAAUUGGAAUUAUCAAAGAAAGACCAAAAAGCAGAUUUCGGGCUUCAAAUUUUAUACUCAAUUCUUCCCGGAUGGACCAACGGUAUCGACCCAAUUGAAGGACUUGAAUUCGAUGAAUUGAUAGGGAGACUCAAAUCAGAUUUCAAAGAGAAUGGAACGAAGAUCUUCAAAAACAUAUUAGAUAAGUACAUAAUAGACCAACCAUAUUUCCAUUUCACGAUGAAAGGUUCGGAAGAGUUCAGUUCUAAGUUAGCAGCGGAAGAAUCCACCAAAUUGGACAAAAAGUUGAAAGAGCUAGACGAGACCGACCGGAAAGCUAUUUUUGAGCGUGGAUUAUUGCUAGAGGCAGCUCAAAAUCACAAGGAGGAUCUGUCUUGCCUUCCAACUUUAGGUGUUGCAGAUAUAUCAAGAAAGGUAGAUACUUAUGACUUGAACACAAAUGCUAACAUCACGGUCAGAAAUACGGCAACCAAUGGAAUAAGUUAUAUUAGAGGCAAGAAGUUAAUCAAUGAUAUGAUUCCAUUGGAAUUAUACCCGUUUUUAAGCUUGUUUGCAGCCUCGUUGACCCAUCUGGGCACCAAAACAACACCAUAUGGUGCAAUUGACAACGAAAUAAAACUACACACUGGCGGUAUAUCAACAAAUAUUUCUGUUAAUGCUGAUCCUACCACAUUGCAGCCUAAUCUGUACUUUGAUAUGAGCGGGUUUUCUCUGAACGAAAAAUCGGACUACAUAUUCAAUUUUUUAAAAACAAUUUUAAUGGAAACUGACUUUAGCACUCACAAGGAUAAGCUAAAAGUGUUGAUAAAUUCUAUUGCAUCUUCGAAUACAUCGCAUAUAGCUGAUUCUGGUCACACUGUUGCUAGAUCGUUUGCCAGUGGUCAUUUGAGUACGGUUGCUGCAAUUCAAGAGCAUAUCUCAGGUGUCGAACAUUACAAACUGAUUUCUAGACUAUGUUCCAUUAUGAAUGACGAUAAAUUAUUUCAAUCAGAGGUUAUAGAUAAACUAGUGAUGCUACAAAGAAUAAUAGUUAAUUCUCAGAAUAUGGAAUUUUUUGCGUCUGUUGACUGUCAAGCACAAGAGAAUAAAAUCAGAAAAGAGGUUGACUAUUUUGUAAGCACUUUACCUAAUACAAGCUCCGAUAUCUCAGGGGCUAUUCAGACUGCGUGUGUGCCUAGAUAUUCAGACUCCCAAGUUUUAAACUUGAUAAAAUUUCCUUUCCAAGUCCAUUACACAGCUCAAGCAUAUAAUGGGGUUUCAUACACCCAUAAAGAUGGUGCUGCACUACAAGUUCUUGCUAAUAUGCUGACAUUUAAGCACUUGCAUAAAGAAAUUAGAGAAAAAGGUGGUGCAUAUGGUGGUGGAGCCACUUUCAGUGCCUUGUCUGGUAUUUUUAGUUAUUAUUCUUAUAGAGAUCCAAACCCGUUGGCAAGUAUCCAAACAUUUGAAAAAUCUGCCUCAUAUGUCUUAAAUGAUGCAAAGUGGACACAGUCUGACUUAGAUGAGUCAAAACUUUCUAUUUUCCAACAAGUCGACGCUCCUAUUAGUCCUAAGAGCGAGGGAUCCACAUUCUUCAACUUAGGAGUUACUGAUGAAAUGAGACAAGUAAGACGGGAGCAGCUGUUGGACACUUCGUUGCUGGAUAUUCAUAGAGUUGCAGAGAGGUAUAUUCUACCGAACAAAUCUAUCGCUACAGUCGUCGGACCAGGUAUUGAUGGGGAGACUGUAUCUCCAAAAUGGCAUAUCGAAGAUAUAAAGGUAUGA